AACCACCGAUAAUAUUUGAGUUGCUAGUUAAACUAUUAAACAUACGUGGUUAAAAAAUAUUUUGUAGACUACAUUGUAAGUUAUAGUGACACAUCAAAUGUAUUAUACGUAGAAUAUAUAGAACUUCCAAUUAUUCGAUAUGAAACAAGCAAUAUACCUACUCUUUAUCUUCGGAUACCUUUUAGCUGUGCCAACUAAUGCUGGGAAUACAACAGUCAUUACGACUUCGUUAAAGCCGGCAAAAACAUCGAUAGAUACACUGCCAACACCACACCAACCCAGCAUUUCAACGUCUGCCCCAUCAUCCCAAGAAACAACAGAAUCUUCAAAUACAGGCGAAACAUCACGACCUUCUAUACCGACAACAAGCUCACAACAGAAUUCAUCAUUUUCAUCACAAGCACCUGAACCUGAAAGUUCUUCUAUUGUGACAACAAAUGUUACUAUUAUUUCUGAAAGUACACCCAACUCUUUAGAAACAUCUGUUUCAUCAUAUACAUCAAGUUCUUCUAAAUUAAGUUCUACAAAACCAAGUUCUACGAAACCAAGUUCUACGAAACCAAGUUCUACGAAACUAAGUUCUACGAAACCAAGUUCUAAAAUGAGUACUGUAACUUCAAAGACUACAACUGCUUCACAUAUGAAUGAAAAUAAGCACGCAUUUGACGCAGGGUCUUUCAUUGGCGGUGUUGGUAUAGGAAUGGUGGUAUUAUUUAUAGGAUUUUGUGGUUAUAGAUAUGUACGAAAUACAAGAAAUCAUAAUAGACGACUUGGCAGAUAUGGACAACUACACUGAAACAAUCAAGAAAGAAUGUCAUAUUUGAUAGAAUUUAAUGUAAAAAGAUAGCAUUUGAACCGUCGGUAGCACGACAAACAUUUAAUGAGAAAAAAAAUUAUACGCAACAAAAAAAUAAAUGUGUAACCAAUACAAAAAUACAAUACACAAUCCGAAAACGA